AUGAGCACCAAGCACUUUUUCCCCAGUACUGAAGGCGUCGUUGUCCUAGGCCUUGAAGCACUCGUCGCCAGGAACAAUCAUCUUGAGCUCGAUGCGCCGAACAAAGUUGUCUACUCGAAGACGCACGAUCGAUCAAAGGUCACAGUUAUAUCAGGAGGAGGCAGUGGACACGAGCCAGCAUGGAGCGGGUACGUCGGAGACGGCAUGCUAGCUGCAGCUGUCAAUGGUGAGGUCUUCGCAAGUCCUUCGACAAAGCAGGUCAUGGCUGCGAUCAAGCACGCGCCGUCAGACGCCGGCAUCAUCUUAUGCAUCACCAACUAUACUGGAGAUAAUCUGCACUUCGGUCUUGCUCGAGAAAAGGCUGCUGGUGCGGGUCACAACGUUGCCAUUCUACGGAUGACAGACGACGUUGCUUUGGGGAGGAAACAGACAGAGAACACGGGGCGAAGAGGUCUGGCAGCCAACAUGUUCGUGCUGAAGCUUUGCGGAGCCGCUGCGGAGGCCGGCUACGAUUUUGAGAAGUGCAUGAAGAUCGGCGAGUCCGUCAACGCCAAUGCCGUCACUGUUGGCUCUUCUCUUGACCACUGUCACAUCCCUGGACGAGAACAUCAUCGAUCCGUGCCCGACAACACAUACGUGCUCGGUAUGGGUAUCCACAACGAGCCUGGACUGCAUGAAAAGUCGCCAAUACCACCAGCCGAGGACAUUGUGUCCGACAUGCUCAAGUAUUGCCUCGACACGAACGAUCAAGAUCGAGCCUUUGUCGAGUUCAAGCCGGAGGAUGAAGUCUGCAUGCUCAUCAACAACUUCGGUGGCAUGUCAGACUUCGAGGCCGAGGCACUCACGACUGUCAGCCGGAAGGUAUUGGAGAAGGAGUGGAAGAUCAAGCCGAGCCGCAUCUACCAACAACGCUUCGAAACCUCACUCAAUGCACCAGGCUGGUCAAUAUCCCUUCUAAACAUCAGCGGCAUCGAGCGACAAACCAACACGUCGCUCUACACCAUCCUGUACCUCCUUGAUAGUGACACGAAAGCACCGGCAUGGCCCAAGAAUGGAUACAAGGACAUAAGGAUACCGAAGACUCAAGCCACUGUAAAUGACGACGGCUCGUUAGACAAGGCUACGGAGAAGGGUCCACAAGUUGACCCGACCAAGAUCGAACCCGGGUUACGAGAUGCAUGCGAUGCGGCAAUCAAAGCAGAACCAGAUCUGACGAAGUGGGACGUGCAGAUGGGCGACGGUGACUGUGGUGAAGCUGUCGAGGGGAUGUGCAAAGGCAUCCUCAAGAAGCUCGACUCUGGACUGACCAAGGACGGCUCAUUAUUCCACAUUCUCGACGAGGUCGAAUCUGCAGUAGAAGAGAUUGGAGGAACACUAGGCGCCAUCAUCAGCAUCAUUCUCGCAUCAUACACGUCGAAUCUUCGCCUGGCGUUUGCCAAGGACGAAAAAGCGUUCAAGAUGGAUAUUCAGAGCGCCAGUCAAGCAGCUGGUCAAGCAUUGAAGAACCUGAUGGGGUACACAAGCGCGAGACAAGGUGGCAGAACUGUCAUGGACGCUCUGAUACCAUUUUGCGAGACACUUGAGAAGGAUGCGGAUUUCAGUAAAGCUGUGAAAGCAGCUGAGCAAGGCGCGAAGGGCACAUCUGGAAUGAAGGCAAAGUUUGGCAGAGCUACAUAUGUUGGCGAGAAAAGUGCAGAGGCCAACGAAGAUGCUCCGCCCGAUCCUGGUGCUAUGGCUGCGGCAAUAUUCCUGCGCGGAUUGCUACAAGGCAUGCAAAAGUAG